GAAACGGAAGUGUGCGGCAGUCGUGGCAGGAAACGCGGACAGGGCUCUCGUCGGCAGCAUCCGGCGAGUUGGCCGUAGCCUCGACGCGUUAGCCAAAUGCAGUAGCCAUGCAUCCCGCGUCCAGCCUCUGCUGGGUCCUCCUCAACUCCUGCCUCUGGGCCACCCUUCUGCAGCCAGGUGUAUGCGAGUCGUCGUGCGAACCUGAGGCGGCGGAUCGGUGCUACGAGGACUUCUUGACCAGCUUCAGCGGGAUCCUGCACCAGCAGUCGCGCCUGCCACCCGGGGCCCUGCACAACGCCCUCCAAGACUUGUGUGGGGGACUCUCCGAGCUGUCUCAGUGCCGCAAGGAUAUCGUGGACGGAGGCUGCAGCGUCGAUGAAGGCAGGCAGCGCUUCGACCGCUGGGAGGCCGCCUUCAAGGCGGUCGAGGAACGGGCGUGCCUGGACGAGCGGCUCCUGACAGACCUUGUGCGAGCGCAUUCUUGCUGGAACCUGGACCUGUUCGGCUACUGCGUGCGUGCCAACACUUCCCUGUCGGCUGUCCGGGACCUGCUACACACAGAGUUCAGCCAAAGCGAGUGCAAGAAGCUACAGGAAGCCCUGAAUGGCUGCAUUCACGCCGGGUACAGCGGCUGCGACCCCGAGAAGGUUGUCCGUGACGGCGGAAAGACCACGAUGCACACGCUCCUGAACGUCUUCCUGGGAAAAACGGGUUGUCCGGUGCUCGCUAACACCGGAUACACGGCAAGUCCGGCUCUCGCGUGGAUGGUGGCCCUGACAACGACAGUCGUCCUUGUGCAGCGUCGAAGGCAGGGCAGACUCGUAUAGGGUACACGGUGGUCACCGAAAAAUUAUCACCAUUACCUUGGCGCGUGCAGUUUGAACAUCCCUCCGAGGAUACAAUGAUAAAAUAAUAUUUCCUAAAAACUCUGGUCAGCGUCCUAGCGCCUUGGUUUAGGAUAUGCACGCCAUCAUUCGUUCUCAACCUUUUGCACUUUUUGCUGCAAUAAUAUUUUUUUUUCUUUUUUAGUCUGAUUGUAACUGGGAGAGUAAACCGAUAGUCUUGGAGUACAUUUUGAAAUAAAAAUGACUUUUGUUUGUUUGUUCACAGAAGAA